AUGCCGCUAGACGUCAUCAUCAUCGGCGCCGGACUCGCCGGCCUCGUGGCGGCCAUUGCGCUGCGCCGCGCCGGACAUGGCGUCCUCGUCCUCGAGAAGUCAGCCUUCGCUACCGAAAUCGGCGCCGCCAUCAACCUCAGCCCCAACGCUCUUCUGAUCUUAGCCCACCUGGGCUUCGAUCUAGAGCGCGCCCGCGCCUGCCGCAUCCGCACCACGUACUUGCUGCGCGAGACGGACCUGGCCAAGCUCCAUGCCAUACCGUCGCCUAACCCGGGCAACCAUACGCUGCACCGGGUCGACCUGCACCGAGAGCUGCUGCGGCUGGCUACCGACGCUGGCGCCGAAAUCCGCCUAGCGACAACCGUGGUUCGCGUGGACGAGACCGGCGUUGUUGUGCUCAAGGGCGGGACGGAGCUACGCGCUGAUCUCGUUGUCGCCGCCGACGGGGUGCACUCGCUCGCGAGAGAAUAUGUUCUGAAUGGAAGGCCUACCAAAGCCGUUCAUUCGGGGUUGGCAGCUUUCCGCUUCCUCAUUGACACGGAGACGUGCCGCAAGGACGACUUUCUUCGGUCACUGCUAGACGUCACAGGGCCCGCUGCUGUGAACAUCAUCGCGGACAAGGAGACCGCGGCAACCGAGGAUCCAUCCAUGAUCAGGCAGAUCGUGUGGUAUGCAUGUCGCGAUGGGGAACUGCAAAACGUGGCCGGCGUUCACCCGUGUUCGUCGACCACCGUCGACGAUGGGGAAGAGCUCAAGGACGCCAUGAUGGCCGAGUUCAGCCAUUUUGACCCGAGGCUCGGACGAAUGGUCAAGCUCUCCAGCCACGUCAAGCGCUGGCCCCUCUAUGUGCACGACCCGCUCCCGACCUGGGUUCGUGGCCGCGUGGUCCUCAUAGGGGAUGCCGCGCAUCCGAUGUUACCCUUCCUGGGCCAGGGCGCGUGCCAGGCUAUCGAGGACGGCGCCGGCUUGGGUCUCGCUUUCCAGGACGAGAGCCAGAGCGUCGAAGUUUCACUUGCCCGCUUCGAGGCCCUCCGCAAGAACCGGGCUGCGCGGAUCCAGAUCCUGUCCAAGGUCAAGGAGAGCUGCGACACCCCGAGUGUGGUUGUGGAGGAGUUGAAACCGUAUCUGGACGCCCAGGCGCCAGAGGCACCAGCAUCCCUGGCCGAACGAUUGACGCACGCACGCAGUUACGACUUGUACGCUAGCUACAGCGAGAUUGUGGGGAAAAACUAA